UUGAACUUAACGGAUUGCAAUGCUCGGAUGCAUUUUCGUAUACAAUUUGUAUUAAACAGUUAUUAAAAACAAAAAAAUGGAGCGUUGUUCGAAAAGUGAAAAUAAACCGAUUUUAGCGAAAAGUGAUUUGCACUCCGGCGAAUCAAAUGAGAGGGAAACCAUUAUAUUAAGCAACUGUGAAUUAGAACAAAGUGAUAUUGAUAUGAUAACGCAACAUUUUGCUUAUGCAACAUAUUUGGAUUUGUCAUAUAAUGAAAAAAUAGCAUCAAAUAAAUUCCUACUGACCCCUACAACGCUGUACCUUAAGGGCUGCACGAGUUUGCAUGAAAUAAAGUACAACUUCAGCACGUGCACGCUGAAAGUACUAGAUAUUUCAGGCUGUCCCAUUGACUAUCAGGAACACUUCACGAACUAUGACUUUCCGAUGCUAGAAAGUCUUACGCUCAGUUGGCAAAAGGUGGAUUGGCAAAAGCUGCUAGGAAAACUGAGGGCGUUGAAAAAUCUAACGCUGGAAAAUGUUAGCAGUCAAACUAUACAACUCACAAGCGCAAAAGAAAACCCACAAAGCUUCGAAACAUUGCUACUGGCGCUGUCCGAUUGUAAAAAUAUCAAAUCUGUCACUUUUGGUAGCCUGCUUAGUGUGCAUGAUAUCAGUCAGUUGAGCAAGUUGACCGACAGAAAGCUGACGUUUCAAAUUAGACAUGAGAGCGGUCAAUAUUUAAACAGAUUGCAUAACUUACAAAACUUAGACACAGUCUAUUUGGAAUACGUCAAUGAUGUUAAAGAUAUUGAUUUGUUAAACUUGAUAAAAAGUUGCGCAAACUUGUCAAAGAUAACAUUGGAUUAUUGUGAUGGCGUGACAAGGGAUUUCAUAUUCAGCGCUGCUGAGUUCUUGCGCGAACGCGAUAAAGACGAGCCACUAAAGGCGCGCCUCAAUCUAGAGAUGUGCGACUGUGCUGGCAUUACAGAAGAUAUACAAGAGCAUCCUCUAUAUGCGAAAGCUGAAUCCGCUUUGAGCUUAAUAUUAUUCUUCGAGUGCAAACAUCCAACGACUAGCUACAGAAAUGACCUCAUCAUACCCUAUCCACCGCCAAAUGUACAACUGAGCAUUUACGUACUCUUCGAAAUCUACAAGAAGCUCAUAAAUCAAACGGUUGCACAGCGAUUCGCUACCGUUCGUGAAGAUUUCGAAAACGCUGCCAUCGAAGAGGAGCGACACCUAAGGAUAAUCGCUUGUCGCAGAGCGAAAAUCGUACACAAUGACAUCUAUGAUGCUUACUUGGAGAUUACGUCUGAAAGGAAAGACUUUUUCCAAGAACUAUGCUGUGAAAAUGCAACAAAAAUGGCGCUCAAUAAUCGCGUAAUCAUCUUUGACACUAUACUUGAUGAUUUUCCAAAACUGAAGCGCUUAAGGCUCAUAAAUUGCUUUAUCGCUGAAGAGGAGUUUCCUAGGAAUAAGCAAUAUAAUAAUAUCAGCGAUUUGGAAAUAUUGGGUGCGAAUGCUUUUCGACUGUGGCAAAGUAUAGCGGUACUUUUUCCGAAUGUCGGAACAGUAAACCUAAUAGAUGCUGCACUCGAGAGUCCUUUGGAGAUAACAAUGUUUAGAAUACCACGUUUUAAAGACAACGCAGUCUUCCAAAAUAUCACGAGGUUCUCUGUGAUUGGCAGUAUUUUGUGUGAUGAGGAAGUGGAGUUCCUAGCUAAUCUAACACAACUGAAACAUCUUUCUAUUGUCCGAAACUCAAAAAUUACAGGCAAACAUAUCGCCGAGAUCAGCAGCAUCGAGGAGCUCCAACUGAGUUACUGUGAGAAUUUGAGCCACUACUACUUAGCAGAUGUGCUGAGUUCUUUAUCACUGCGGUCGCUUGACAUGCGUCACAGUAGGUUCGUUGAUGUCUCUAUGCACCUCUCGAAUCUCAUGUGGUUGAGUUGUGAAACGCUCGCUACACUCAAAAUCGACUGGAAGCUGGAGCAUACCAUUACGGCAUUACAAACGCUGCAAGCAUUAAAGGAUAUUGAAGUGCGAAAUUUCAAUACAAAUGCUUGUACAAUUUGUAUGCGUGACGAACUGUUAAGGGUUCAAGAUCAGAACUUACAAAUUCGCUGCGCAUGUGCUGAAGAUCUCCAAUCAGGUUUAAUACCACGCUUCUUUCGUACACUCGUGGUGCGUACUAACAUCAAAAAGCUGACACUCGAAGCUGAAGUUUUGUGUAGAAAUCUCAAUUACUUGCACCACCUGCGACACCUAACGCACCUCAGCAUUAUUGCGAAGAAAGCCGGGCUGGAUGGUUUUUGCAUACCAAUGAAUUUCUCUCAAACCCUUGGACAGCUUGUGAACUUGGAGUAUUUGUAUUUAGCGAGGUUUUUCUACUGCUAUGACGACGUUAUUUAUAUCGUCGAUAGAUGUCGCAAACUAAACGAGGUUAGAUUAAAGCAGUGUGUUGGGUUCUCGGAUGUGGUGCCCUAUGACCUAGUUGAAGUACUGAAGCACAAGCGCACUAAGGAUCAGCUGCCAUUCAGAUUAUAUAUGCUUAAUCUGAUGGUGGACUCCAGCGAAGCGUGUAGUGAGCGCUCGGGCGACAGCAAUCAGGAAGUUAACCGCUUUGAAGAUAUUGCAGAUUAUAUAAAAGUGAUUUUUCUUUAGAACCGAAACAUCAAGCAACGUGGGAAAGCUCUGAAAAGCUUAAAUUGAAGAAGAAGUUAUAUACUUAAUAAAUAAGAAGUUAAUAAAUGACUGAAAACACUUCGUACUACAA